AUGGAGGACCUCGUGCGAUCCGAGUAUCCCUCCAUUCUGGCGUCCCUGCAACCCAACCAGGCCGUCCACACCCUCAACGAUCGAGUCAAGCGCAUCAAUAAAAUCAACGUCGAGAUCGCGGACUGGCUUCAGGAACGCCGCCGCGUCGAAGAGCAGUAUGUAACUGGCUUGCGCAGAUUGGCCCAAUUCCGAGUCCCGAAUUCUCAAUCAGAGCUUGGUGUUUUCCAGCAUUCCUGGUCCCGCAUGGUCGAAUCUGCCGAGAUCGUUGCCCAUAGCCACCACCAAUUCUCCGAGCGAGUCGAGCGAGAUAUCGAAUUCCCUCUUCGCAACUUCCAUCAGCGCAAGGAUGUCGUCAACAUUAAUAACAUUUCUCAGAACCUGGCCGCAAUGGCCAAGGCCCUUGAAGAUGCCCAGCACACGACCGAGAAGAUGGCGAAGAAGGGCGGGAGGCCCAAUCCCCAGAAAGUAACCGACGCUACCGCUAAGCUCGAGUCCGCGACGCAGCAGUGGGAUUCCCAGGCGCCGUUCAUUUUCGAGACCCUCCAAGCUCUGGACGAGUCCCGCAUCAAUGUCCUGCGUGACCUGUUGACCCAAUAUCAAACCCACGAGGCGGAUUGCGCCCAGAAGGUCCAGGACAAUGCCACUGAAGUCCUGACACAGGUCAUCGAGGUCAGCACCGAAACCGAAAUUCGAUCCUUUGCAACCCGGGUGACUGCGGGCAAGGCGAGGCUGCCAACUCGUAGUUCGACAAGACGAUCGUCCGUUACAGGUUCUACGAGCGCUCCCCCCAGUACUAGAGGUAGCGCUGCUCCUCCUUCGUUGAGAAUUUCGCCAGAGCCAACGCCCGAGGUGCCUCCCCUUCCGGAGCAGGAAGUCCGCGACGCGCCAAGUCCACCCCCCAUUCCCGUUGAGCCACCCAAGCCAGAGUCGAAACUACGUCGAUUAGGAACAAUCUUGGGAGGUCGCAGAAGGCAGAGCAUGGUCGGAGGAUUUGGUCUGUCGCCACAGAAGCCAUCAACAUCUACCUUUGGACGUCUUACUGGAAAGGACAAGAGCAAUCUCACCACACGGGCGUCUUCAGGCAACCUCCGCGAAAACAGGUUGAACACUCUAGAGGAAGCCCCCGAUCUCCCUCGCACCCCAGACCCGGAGAAGGUUGCGUCGCAAUUGCAGACGACCGGGCAGGAGCACACUAACGGGGUGACGCUGACGGAUAACAUCAUGGACUCUCCUAUUCCUACGAGUGCUACAAAUGGUACCUUCAGCUCCAACGCCAAUACCGAAACGACUGAGGCGCAGGGCUCCACGGCACCAACAACCCAGAACCAAACGCCAAGUUCACCAGCCAAGGACUCUGAAGGAUUCACGAUUCCAUCGGCCGCCAACGACCCCAUUUCGGAGGCUCAGAGGGAAGCCCACGCAGAGGAGGCAGAACAGCUCUUCAAGCUCAAUAUCCAUACCAAGCCUAUCGAGGAGGAGGAUCCCGAAGAAAAGCAGGCUGCCCUCUCGAACGUGGCCAACUCCCUCAGGCUGGGACCGGCAACCAGGCGUACUGGCACGAUAAGAGGACGCAGGGAUGUGCGAAAUACGAUUUACUCUCCCACUGGUCUCGUACCUCCCCCAGCAUUCGGUAGCCCUGAUGCCGUGAGCCCAGAGGGCACGCCAACUGCCAUGUUCCCCGGCAUUCCUGCUUCACCAUCCUUCGCUGGGUCAGCCGCAUCGUCAAAACCUACAGCUAUUUCUACUUUACAGUCAGAGGCCAGUAUUGCGGGAACCUCGGAUACCCAGUCAGUCCGUUCCGGCACCUCGCUCGGAAGCUUGGCCCACGUAAAGCAUCCCGACAUGCCUGGACCUGGUCUCCACUCGUCCAUCAUUGAGACCGUCUCUGCCGUAUGGGAGAAUGGUGGUCUCAAAUCGGUUUCUAUGUCGGGCGAAAUUGCCUUUGUGAUAAACUCGCCUGACCAUGAUUCAGAGAAGGAGUACGAAGUCAUUCGUAUCAACAACUUCCCCAACCUGGAGCGAAUUGGGCCCAACCGUAUUUUCGUCCAGAACUCCUCCAUUGAUCACCCCGAGCAGUUUGCGCUCGAAAUCUCCCAUCUUCAGAAAACCUCUACUGCAUUUUCCUACCGCGUCUUCAGCCCUGAGAACGAUUCCAUGGCACUCAGCAAGAACACUCCACUAUUGUUAAACCCUGUGUGGAAGCCACAGGGCGACAAGCUUGGUCUCCUUCUACAAUUCUCACUCAACCCUGAUAGCGAUUUCGAAGCACCUCUCACACUCCACAAUGUCGUCUUUGUGGCGACAUACGAGGGUAGAGCGAACGGUGCCCAGACGAGGCCAAGCGGAACGCACCUGAAGGAGAGGCAUAUUGUUUACUGGCGACUUGACAAUGUGACACUCACAAAUGACACCCAAAAGAUCGUCUGUCGCAUAUUGGGCGCCGAAGGCGUCGAGCCCAAGCCAGGCCAUGUGGAAGCCAGGUGGGAAUACGCCGUUCCCGAGACCCACGGACCCAUCGGCAGCGGCAUCUCCAUCUCGCGGCUGGAGGAGACCAAAGGAAAGGGCAAGGAGAUCUCCGAGGAUGAUCCAUUUGCUACCGACGAGGACGGUCCUGGUCUUGCCGGCGACCAGACCUGGGUACAGGUGCCCCUGGUUAGGAAGCUGGCCAGCGGCAAGUAUGAGGGCAGGUAA